UUUCUUAACUGUUAACAAUAGCAAGGUCAGCCACUUCCUCCUUGCCCGUGACGUCUGAAUUACGAGCUAGUUGGGAUGCAACACGAAUCGGAACCAGAUUUCAAUGUCCACACUUUACUUUGACUGGAACGGAGGAAAACGUACUUUGACAUCUUUCUUGAUCGGCUGCGCGUAGAUUUCACAUUGGAGCGAGAUACAACGAGCUUCUAAACCCGGGGAUGUUUUAAUUGCUGCACUGAAUAUCUUUACGGAGGCUAACAAAUAAAAAAUGGUAGGAAAUAAAUAAUAAACAUGGAAGAAACAGUUCUCUCUGGACAUGCACAAGACUGUAAAAAUGCAAAAGAUAAGAGGAUGGCUUGGGCAGGAAGCAGAGGCUCUUGGCAAGACUCUGAAGCUGAUGAUAGCAGACAGUCUACAGAAGACAACAGUUCAGCAAAUCCAAAUCUGUCCAGAGCAUCAACCACAGAGGGUGGCAAAUCGAAUCAGAAGAUUGAAUUUUGGCUUCAAGAUUGUGGAGAGCCAUGUGGGGCAUCCUUGGAUGAACAAAGCCACCUACUGUUAAAGGGUGCAGUUCCAAAAAAUGGAUGCAGUUUUGAGGAUGACUUGUCACUUGGUGCAGAAGCUAAUUAUCUGCAUCCUCACAAGAACUCGGUGCUGACAGGAAGUGGGACAUUGGCUGAGAUAAAACGUAACCAGUUUUGUCAAAUGGGAAGCAGCAUGAACUCCACUGGUUCUGGCAAGAGCAAUACUACUGUAUCAAGUGUUUCCGAAUUAUUGGACCUUUACGAGGAAGACCCUGAGGAUGUGCUCUAUAACCUUGGGUUUGGCACAGAAGAACCUGACCCUGCUUCUAAAAUUCCAUGUCGAUUUUUUAAUGCUUCGUCAUUUGCGAGAGGAAUAGACUUUAAACUAUUUUUAGAUGCUCAAAUGCAACGUAUGGAAUUGGACAAUCCAAAUUUUGCACUUACAAGUCGGUUUCGCCAGAUUGAGGUUCUCACUACCGUGGCUAAUGUUUUUUCCUCGCUGUACUCUCACGUUUCUGGCGCUCCUAUAAAGAGGAUUGGGGAUGUGGCUGAAGCCUCAACUUCAGGCCAGGUUGCUACUGCGGGAAACAUUGCUGGUAGAUUAAAGAAGACGGUAUCAAAACUCAACUUCUUUGCCGGUCAGCAGUUAAAAGUGACCGAUGCAACUAAUCAAAUGGCUCGAGCAGACACAAAAAAUUCAAAAACAUCGCAGCAUUCCCUUGAAACCGACAAAAGUGGGACUGACGAUGAGAAGAAAGAGGUAAAGCAAAGGAGGAUGCAGAUAUGUCACAAGGUGACGGACUCUUCUCUGAAAUCAGUAACUGAAGAGGUGGUGACUGGAAGCCCUUCAACAAUUAUUCCUCAGGAACCCGUGUCUAACGUAGCAAAUGGCAGCACAGAAUCCAACCUUGCUGACACUGCUUACAGCAAAGAAGGAACAGGAAACAGCUUGGAUGAUGCAAGUGGUAUUUUGGAGUCUGCUGUAGAUUUGAAUGAAUCCACAGACGUAGAACAUGCAGUUGUUGGUGGGCAGACAUCUGCUCACUCACGGGAAAGUGCAGUGACUGAAUGCACGCCACCAGUGUGUUCGACCCCAGAAAAAGGGCUGCCUGCAGCGAUGCACCAUCCAUUGCUGAGCAACUUGAUGGAGCAGAAAGAAUUCUCAUUUGACUUGGAAGAGGUUCAAAGCAAUGAAGGUGAAGGACCAAAUACGCCAGCAACUAGAAAUCCUGUUCCACGUGAAAGAAUUUCAGCAACCAGUAAAGACCAUUUUACAAGAACCAGUAGUUCCCAUUCUGAUAGCAGUGGGUUUGCUGAAGAUCCAUCUUCUGAUGUGGCUGGACAAUCUCAGGGGUCAGAUGGUUACCUGCGAGGAAUGGGAAGCAGUGCUGACAGCUGUGAUAGUGAGACCACAGUCACAUCCUUGAUCGAUGAUGACCUGAAGACUCUACUGAGCGGUGACCAGAAGUUUUUCUCUCCAAUUCAAACACCGGUGGACAAUAUAACGAUGGACCUGAAUAAGACAAUUUUAGAUAUGAAUGUAGAGUUAAUUUCCAAUAAUGCAGUCGAUUCCCCUGAACGACAAGAAAUGGUGGAGGUGGACCGCGAGGUAAAGGAUGGCCCGGACAAUUCCCUACAGGCAGCUGACCAGAAAGCUUUGGGAUUUAUUGGUGAUGAGGUGGAGCUGUACCCAGAAAGUGACAUGACGUUUGAAAGUGAGGAAGAGGUUGCAACCUACUGCAUGCAUCGUGGAGCUGGGCAAAGGCGGAAGAGCUUGGACUCUAUCCUGACCUGUCAAUCCAAACCUGAUGCUGCUACUUCGGAAACCAUGGACUUUUCCUCCUCCUCAAUAGAUAAGGUUGCCACCGUGCUUGAGAGAGCAAACACACAAACCUAUUCUGUCACUAUUGGCUCCAGAACAGCAAGGCGCCCUCUGAGCAAAGCAAAUGAUCGAAUCAUAAGAGAAGGGGAGAUUGCCUUCAGGAAUGAAUCUCUUGCAAACCUCAAGCGAUCUUCUUUUCAAAGAUCCAGCUCCCUUCCUGCUAAGCUGCUCAAUCCAGUACGAGUGAUUUCAUCAGUAAAUGUGCAGUUGACACCAGACAGGUGCGCACAACAGAGUCCACCUAGUUUCACCUAUAGAUAUUCUGCUCAGAAGGAAGCGGACUUGCCCACUGAUGAUGACGAUGAGCAAUCAAUAUGCCGAUCAAUGCUCUUUAUCCCAUCCGGGAAAAAGGAGAAAAGUAGGAAACAGUUAACUUUGAACAAGCAAGAUGAACCACCACAACAAAGACUGGGCUCACAGACAUUACCAACGCCAUCACAUUUAACACAGUCUUGCUGUUCCAUUCAUACAUUCCCUCCAGAUUGGCAAGGCCAGCCUCUGUGUGAUCACAUGAGAACUAGGAGUAUGUGCAGCAUUCCCAACCUCGUGGACUCUCCCAGUGCAUCAACUUUUGGUUAUAUGUAUCCUCAGAGACCCAUGGGACACCCUUAUCACCACAGUCCAAUAAAUCCUCCAUCUGCUAUUGAAUCACAACUCUGCAGAGUCCUGACUGAUAUAAGAGGCACAGUGCAGAAUCUCUCUCGGAUCCCAAUGUUUCAGGGUAGUGAACCGUACCCUUACUAUCCAUCAGCGAGAUCGGGACUUUUACCUCUAUACGAAAGCACAUAUCAAGAGCUGCAUAUAAUGCGAAGGAACCUGAACUUUUUUAGAACACAGAUGAUGGACUUGGAGUUCAUGAUGCUGAGGCAGCAAACAAUAGUGUAUGGACACUUAACUGAAGAGGAGAGGCUAGAGGCCGACCAACUACAAAACCUUCGGAACUUUGUUCGCAUGGAGCUGCAGGAGUUGGAACUUCAGUUGGAGGAACGUUUGUUUGCUCUGGAGGAGCAGAUCAAAGGCCCGAGCCAGUCUCCUGUAUUCAGACCUCCAUCGCGUACCGAGACAUUUGUUAAUAAUGCUGAUGCCAUGUCGUCCUCCUCUCUCAAUGUAAUGGAACCGGUGUCGGAACUUUUGAGGGAGCAGUCAUAUCUCCGAUCUGAACUGGGCUUUUCUGAACAUUUGGGUGAAGAAUACGAGUACCCACACUCCUACUGUGGCCCCUACUCUAGCUUGGAGCACGGUUCCCGCUCCUCAAGCCCAGGAUGGACGUCUAGGUGUUCAGCACCAGGCUCGUUAAGUCAUGGCCCUCCGAGUAUACCAAGCACCUCCGCGCCACAUGGAAAGCCAGUGAGCCAAGCUACCUCAACUACACCACAGGGCAAACAAGUGUAUCGCUCUUCAGUUCUGAUGACUCCCUCGGCACCAUCACGAGCUCCCCAGAGAGAGGCGUUUACAGAAACUAUGUCAUCAUCCGGAGUUGUAGAUCAACAUCCAAUAAGCCAGACCUCUGAACCAACUGGAGCUACAGCAGCCUCUCCAUCUAGAGGAGCAAGAAGUCAUCUCAUAGAGCAUCCCAAUUACCACAGUAUUCUCCAGGAGAUAAAGGAAUCAAUUGUUGGAGAAAUAAGACGAGAAAUUAUGGAUGGGCUUCUUGCUGCAAUAUCACCAUCUGGCAAAGAUGCUGGACAUAAAGAGUAGCUGUAACUACAGUGAGUAACUAGUACUACAGGGAUGAACUGGUUUCAGAAGAGUUUCCCCUUGGCACAACAUAAUAUUUAUUUGUGUAAGAAGGAACUGCAGAUGCUGAUUUAAACUGAAGAUAGACACAAAAAGCUGGAGUAACUCAGCGGGACAGCAGCAUCUCUGGAGAGAAGGAAUGGGUGACAUUUCGGGUCGAGACCCUUCUUCAAAUAUUUCUUUGGUUUACUGGCUUCUAAUUGCUUAUACUGGUGGAAAUUGCCUUUCAAAUGCAUCCUGCUCGGACUUCCAAUGCUGUAGGAGGCACUGUUAAUUCAUUGAUGGGUUGUCUCUUAUCUAGUGAGCUUUCACACCUUCUCUUAAAUGUACUUUGUAUCUUAAUAAUUUGUAUCAUCUAACUGUCUUACAAAUGGUUAACUUGUCUAAUAGUCAGACAUUGUAUGUAAAAACUUAAAUGUAUUCUACUGUUAAUGGCCUACUGAUGGGGACUUAACACAUACUGCAUGUGGUAAGGUUAAAACUUGAAAUCCCACUUUUACUUAAAGUUGGUUACAUGUGCUGUAACCCUUGCACGGAUGUUUGUUGAACGUUUUCUUCUGAAACACUGACCUCUAUGAGGUACCUCCUGUGCAAUAACUAUCAGAUGGCAAAUUUGAACAGACUAAUGAAUCGUUACUACUGUUUAUAAUCACAACGCUCUUUAAUAUCUGUGAAAUAUUCAGUCUACUACAUUUUAUGAAGAGAAAAAGUAUUUUGUCAUUAUGUUUUUUUGAAAAAGUGACAAUUUAAAGGAUGAGGAAACAUCUAUCUGAAUGCCACAAACAGGUUUAGGGGUGGUCUUACACUGUAUUUUAUAAAUAUUUAAUUCAAUUGAUGAUUUUGAAUUUAUUUGGUAAUUUUGAAUAGGAUGCAGUCGUGGUUGGGAUUGAGAACUACUUAAGUACCUAAAGCAAUUUUCUAAAUUUGUACUUGAUAUAUAUGCAAUCCAUAUAUUUACUAAAAUGGUUCUCGUAUUAUGGAUGAUAUGCUGAAGAAGAUUGUAUAAUUGUUUAACUUGGGAUGCAUGUGGAAUAUUAUUGAAAUCACUAAUAAAUAUUUAUUUUAAAUAUAAAA